AUGGCUCCUGUAGCAGAUGCCAGUCUCUACUCUAACCAGGGAGAGUAUAAACAGCCCGAACGAACCCAAGCACAAUAUGGCUACACUAGCGACGGCAAGAAGAAAAGGAUCCUGCUCAAUGCCUUUGACAUGAAUGGGUUGGGACACGUCAGUCCAGGUCAAUGGCAGAAUCCGAACGACAAAUCAAUCACCAAGAAUCGCUUGAAUUACUGGAUCAAUCUUGCCAAGUUGCUGGAGAAGGGCAAAUUCAAUGCUCUCUUCCUAGCUGACAAUUUCGGGACCCAUGACAUCUAUAAAGGAUCACACGAGCCAGCGAUCCGGUCGGCGACACAAUGGCCGCUUUAUGAUCCGUUUACGAUCAUUUCUGCCAUGGCUGCUGUCACCGAGAGUCUCGCCUUUGGUGUUACUUCCUGCACCACGUUCGAGCCGCCUUUCAUUCUGGCCAAAAGAUUCUCCACUCUAGACCAUCUCACCAAUGGUCGGAUUGCAUGGAACGUUGUGACUUCCUGGUCUAAUACAUCAGCACGGGCAAUGGGCCUUGGGGAACUGCCGGAGCAUGAGACGCGGUAUGCGAUUGCCGAAGAAUAUCUGAAUCUUGUCUACAAACUCUGGGAGGGCUCAUGGGCCGACGACGCUGUGAUUCGGGAUGCCUCAAUCUCGACGUAUGCCGACCCGGCGAAAGUGCGGAAAAUCGAACAUAAAGGCAAAUACUUCAAGUGCUCCAGUGCACACCAGGUCGAUCCCAGUCCUCAACGGACGCCCGUCAUCUUUCAAGCAGGCAUGUCUUCUACCGGGUCAGCAUUUGCCGCCAAACAUGCCGAAUGUGUCUUCCUCGGGGGGCGGAGUGCGGCUUUCGUGGGCGAGAAAGUUCGCAAGACAAGGGCGCUGGCGGCCAAGCAGGGGCGAGAUCCAUAUUCGUUGAAGUUCUUCACUCAAUUCACUGCAGUGCUGGGCGAGACGCAAGAAGAGGCUGAAGCCAAGUACAACGAUUACCUCAAGUAUGCUCUUCCCGAAGGUGGGCUCGCGCUCUUUGGCGGCACGUCCAGCGUCGACGUCAGCAAAUUCCCAUGGGACGAGGAGUUUCCCACCGACCCGAAACACCCUCUGCUCCAAGGCCUCACCCAGCCGCAGGUGGAGAGACUGCUCAACAAGCCGACCGGCUAUACCUCGUGGACUCCGCGGCUGCUGAGCGAGUAUUCUGCCGUCGGCGGCAGCGGGAACGUGAGUGUCGGAACGGCCCAGAAAGUCGCCGAUGAUCUGGAACGCUUCAUCCUGGAGGCCGACGUCGACGGCUUCAACAUCGGUCAUAUUGUCGUGCCGCAGGCCUGGGAAGAUGUCAUCACCUACCUGAUCCCCGAGCUGGAUCGGAGGGGCUGGCUGGGUUCCAACGACUAUGCCGUGCCCGGUGGAACCGCUAGGGAGAACCUCUAUGCUGCUCCCGGUCAAUCCAGGCUGCAUCCUACUCAUCCUGGAAGCCGAUACAAGUUUGACGCCUACCCCGACGAACCCCAAGAGGAGGUGGCUUUUGUCGGAGUCAAAUGA